AUGUUGCUGCCACUGCUGGGAGCCUGUGCCCUGGUGGGGCCAUUCCAGGGCCCAGAAUGGGAGCCUGUGCGGGGCCUGCUCUCCCAGAAGGGCAGCUGCAAGGAUCCCCGGUGCUGUGGCAACCUGCUCGUGCUGUGCCUCUUUCUGAUCUGGCAGGUCCGGCACUAUUGGCACCAGACCAACAAGACGCGUUCCAGCCUAAGGAAGGCCAUCAAGGUGCCAUCACAGGAGCGAGCAGUUCCCUCCACGAGAUGUGCCACUGCUUUUGGGCCAGCCUCUGAAUUAUUCAUCAGUCCCAGCAAGCUUAGGGGCCUGGAUGUCUGUGUGCAACGUUGGACACGGAAGCAGAGAUGUGGGUACCGGAGGAGGCUCCAGGAAUCGUGGGCCCAGUGCCCACUCUCCUGGCAGUGCUGGUGUCAGGGCCCACCUCAGGGCGCCCAUGCCCCUUUGGAACCCAUCUUUUGCUCCACCUCCUUUUCCAGCACCUGCCUGCUCCCUCAGGACAAUUCCUGGGAAGCAUGGCAGGUGCCCUGGUGUCUCAGUGAUGGGCCCACCCACCUGAAUUGUAAGCUACAGCCCCUUGCCCUGGAGAUGUGUCAAAGGAUGGAACAGCUAGUGGUCCACUCCCCAGGAGAGUUCGUGCCACUGGAAACUGUUACCACCAUGCAUUCCCAGCCCCCCACCAUGUCCUCAGCUAACUCUCUCCCAAACCUUCCUUCAGCUCAGGGGCUGCAGUUCUGGUCCAGAGAGUUCCUGCCUGUUGCUUCCAACCAGCAACGGGCAACGCCCACGUGGAAGUCCUGGGGCUGCCCACAAGAGGCCCGGCCACUGGAGAGGGGGAGUCAGACCCCAGGCAGAGAAGAGGCUAGUGGAGAGAAUCAGGCUCCAAGGCGGGGAAACCAGAGAGAGAGCAGGGCAGAGGAUGCUGAAGAACCCCAGGGCUCUGGAAGGCAACUUCCAACAGAUGCUGGAAUGAAGGAUGAGGCAGGGGCUGAGAUCGCGGGGUGGGGAAACCAGAGACCAGUCAUAAGUGAAACUGAUGGAGAGAGCCUGACACCAGGGUGGGAGAGCCAGGACCAGACGGGAAGUGAGAAUGAAGCCAAAACUCAGGAACUAGGGAAGAGAAGCCGGAGGGGGGCUGGGGGUGAGAAUCCUCCUGAAACCCAGGCAUACGGGGCAGAGAACCACCGGGAGUUAAGAUGCAAAACUGAUGCUGAGACCCAAACACCAGAGUGGAGGAACCAGGGUAGGAGCGGAGGCGAGGAUGCUGUAGGGAGCCAAACCUUCGAGAGGAAGAACAAGAAAGAGGCCAGACGGGACAAUGUGCGAGAGACUCAGGCCCAAGGACUGGGGAAGAGGGGCCAGACGGGAGGUGAGGAUGGUGAGGAGGCCCAGAUGCCAGAGUGGGAGAAGCAAGACAGUGAUAGUGGUGCAGAAAUCCAGGCAGAAAAGAGGAGGAAUCAGGACCGAGCUGGAGGCAAGGAUGCUGCGUAUUUCCAGACAUCUGGGAGGGAGAACCUGGGGGAGGCCAAAGAAGAUAGUGGAGAGACCCAGGCCGUGGAGUGGGGGCAACAGGAAUGGGCUGGAAGUGAGAAUAUUCCAGAGAUCCAGACAGCAGAGUGGGAGAACCAGGAUCAGGGUGGAAGUGAGAAAGCUAGUGGAGAGAACCAGGUAAAACUAAGAGUUGAAAUUCUGGUGGGGCGGGGAAGCAAGAAGCUGGGCAAAGGUAGGCAUGCAGGGGAAGCCCAGCUGUCUCAGAGGAAGAAACUCAAAGAGAUUCGAGAGGAGGACUGGGUGGUGAUCCAGGCACCAUGGUGGGGAAGCCAUAGAAUGGUAGCAAGUGACAGUGACAGAGAAUUUGAGGUAUCGUGUUGGGGGGAUCAGGGCCAGGCUGGAGGUGAGCACAGAGCAGACAUUUGGGCGCCAGAGAAGAGAAACCAGAGAGAAGAGGGAGGUAAGGCUGGGGUGGAAACCUGGGCAGCUGAGGCAGAUCACCAGGGACAAAUAAGAGGUGACGUUGAUACAGAGACUCCUCACCCAGGAAAGAGGAACUGGAAGUUUGGAGAUGAGACGGGUGCAGACAUGCAGGCCCCAGGGAAGAGGAGCCUGAGAGGGGUUCGCAGGGAGGAUGGCAAAGAGGCCCAGGGACCUAGGGAAGAAAACGAGGGUCAGUUAGGAAGUGAAACGAAUGGAAAGCUCCAUGCACCAAAGUGGAUGAACCAGGAGCAUAUUAGAAGCAAGGAUGGAGCAAACAUCUGGGCAUUUGAUGCAGAGAACCGGGGAAAACUAACAAGUGACAUUGAUGGGGAAGCCCAUCCAGCUGGAUGGAAGAAAGAGCAGCAGAUUGAAGGUGAGGACACUGCAGACAUUCAAACUCUAGAGAAGAGAAACCAGAGAGAAGCUGGAGGCGAGGGUGGUACAGAGACCUGGGCACCGGGGGAAGGAAAUCAGAGUCACUCAAGAAGUGAUAGUGACAGAAAUGUCCAUUUAUCAGAGUGCAAGGACUGGGAGCAGAUGAGAGGUGAGAACGGCACAGAAAUUCCGUCUCCAGAGAAGCCACACCAAAAAGAAACUGGAAGCGGGGAUGGCAUAGAGACCCAGAGACCUGACGGGCAGAACCAGGCACAGUUAGAGAGUGGUGGAAAGACCUCUUGUCCAAAGUGCAGGAACUGGCAGCAGCCUGGAGGUGAGAACCGUACAGAGAACCAGGCAUCAGAGAAGACAAUCCAAAGAGAGGUUGGAAGUGAGGAUGGGGCAGAGAUCCAGAGACUGUCAACAAGUAAAGUUAAUGGAAAGAUCUACUCAUCUGAGUUGAAGAACCAGGAGCAGAUUGGAGGUGAGACUGAUGCAGAAAUUCAAAUACAAGAGAAGAGAAACCAGAGAGGGACUGAAGGUGAUCAGGCACCUGGUGGAGAUGACCAGGGAGAGUUAAGAAGUGAAAUGGAUAGAGAGAUCCAGACACAGGGGCGAGGGGACCAGAACAAGGUUGAAGAUGAAGAUGCUGCUGAAAUCCGAGAUGGAGGCAACCAGAGAAAGUGCAGAACUGAGGAUGCAGGAGGACCUCAAGUAGCAAGGGACAGAAAGAAGAACCAGGUCAGAGGAAAGGAUGGUGCUAAGGGAAAUCUCCAUGUUGACUGUGCUAGGGGUGAGGAGCGUGGGGACGGCAAGCACAGCCUAGCACAGCCCCCAGCCCUCACUGGCUCUGGUUAUGGGGCCAUGGAACAAAGACAGGCUAUGGCCGGUAACAGUUUAGCCUCUGCUCCUCAUCCUGAGAUCAAGCACCUGCCCCAUCAGGGUGGGGUCCUCCUGCUGGCCAGUGGGAAGGACAAGCAUCUGACCAGUCGGGGCACAGCCCUUGCCAAGGAACACAGAGCAGGGGCCCAGACGGCCCUACCUGACUCCCACAGAGGUCAACGAAAGAUAAAAGACGUGGCUCCAGGGAAGGCCUCCAGCCUGACUUGGGGACCCUGGAACCUUCAGUCAGGGGCCCCCGCCUGCCUAUCUCAACCCCAAGCGGCCACAGCCUUUGUGGGCACUCUUGCUGCCCUCACCAUCCAGCCCAAGGGGCCAGUCCUCAAGAAAAGCAAACAACUUCUCCUGGAGUCCCUCAUGCGGCGGAAGAUCGCACACUUGAAGUGGGGUCUCCCUCAGCGCAUAUUUGAGUCCUAUUUGCACCUUAACUUAUCAGGACCUUACCCACUGCCUGUUGCUGGGAUGAGGCUCCCCGGAUUAUAUACUGGUUAUGAGUUUCAAGGACAGCAGAAAGGGCCUAAGCCACCAGAGGAUCCGAGGAGGGUUCAACCCACAGGAAGAAAGAGCCCCAAACUUCCUACACAGACUAGAGCCCAGGAGAAGUGUGAACCAUGCCGGUCAGAGCCGCUGGGCAGGCCCAUCUACCUUGAAAAGCCUAGGAGAGCUAAGCCACCAGGUGGCGCCAGAGACUCACAGCCUAUCCAGGAAGCGGUUCCCUCCAAGGGCCUGUUUUCUGCUUCCAGGCAGUCCGGGACUGAAAACGAGUCUGCAAGCUGGUGUGGCGGAGAGAGGGUACAAGAGCUUUCGAGUGAAACCUGCAGGAAGAUGGUCAGGCCAGGAGUCUCCCAGAUGGCAGAGAGGGCGCCCAGCAGAGAGGGGACCUCAGGCUCCAGGGCAGGCCACAACCACUGGAGGAAGGAGCAGCCUUCUUGGGAGGUCCCUAAGCCCCUCAAACGCAAACUGCAGCAGCCCACAUCCUGGAAAAGAGGCAACCUGGAGCGGCCUUCCUCCUGUCCUGCGGAGCCUUCCAGCUUCAAAAAGAGUCUCCGAUCUGCGGCAGCGAGGCUGAAUGCAACCCUUCUGAGCAAGAUGACCUGGUUCCCACAGCCGGCCAAGCCCCAGGACUCUGGCCCCUGUGCAAGCCUGCGGGAUCCUGAUCCUAUCCUGCUUCCCAAAGCAGGGGACCCACCUACAGAGGAGAGCAGCGUCAAAGACACGUUCCAGAAUCUGGGCGCCAACACCCGUCCUCAAGGGCCGCUGCUCGCCCAACCCAACACCCGCCCCCCGGGGCCGCUGCUCGCCUGA